UACUGGGGGAAUCAGUGAAGUGAUCCGAGCAUGAGUUUACUUUGCUAAUUAGGUAGCUAUUUAAUCCAGUUGCGAAAACAACGAGCAAAUUGUUUACUGAAUGUUUUGUAAUGUAGCUAAAUGCUACAUGAAUUAAUUAAUGAUAUGCUAAGUCCUGAUUCUGCGCAGCACUGCAGUGACUCAUACUGACAGAACAGGUUUUUCCCCCCUCACAGUUUCAUUCCUGACGAUUUCACUUCAGCAGAACCAAUACCUCAGGUUAAAGUCCCUCUGCAAACGACACACAAGUCAUAUGACCACUGAGUUGCACUUCCUCAAACUCGACUCACACCAUCCCACUCCAGCGUGAGUGCUCUGCAAGUCUGCUACUAAUACUGCUCUUAAACUGAUCUCUACAAGACUCUCUUCCAAUCUGGGAGACACAUGGCAAGUCCACUGUCAAAGAACACACACAGGAACCGUCUGAGGAGAGUGACUCUUGAAGGGGUUCCUGGUCUACUCCUUUCCCUCACUCUAUUCACCUGUCUACUGAAGUGUGUAGAAUGUGUCAAAGCCAGCAACAUGAUUCUCAUCGUUACAGAUGAUCUGGACGUGGAGCUUGGUGGAAUGACGCCGUUAAAGAAGACCAAAGCCCUGAUUGGUGAAUUUGGUGUCACCUUCUCCCAUGCAUACACAGCAACGCCCCUGUGCUGUCCCAGUCGGAGCAGCAUUCUCUCUGGGAAAUAUCCACACAAUCACAUGGUCCACAACAAUUCCUGGUCAGGCAACUGCAGCAGCAAAGCCUGGCAAGCUGGUCCCGAGAUGCAAGCCUUUCCUGUCUACCUCACCAAGAAGUAUUAUCAGACCUUUUAUGGAGGGAAAUACCUUAAUCAGUAUGGGAUGAAUGAGACAGGAGGUGUGGGUCAUGUUCCUCCUGGAUGGGACCAGUGGCAUGUACUGGUGGGGAACUCUCAAUACUAUAAUUAUACACUCUCUGUCAACGGGAAAGCAGAGGUUCACAAAGACAACUAUGAAAAGGACUACCUCACAGACCUUAUUUUAAACAGAUCACUGACGUUCCUGGAUUCGCGAAGCCCCCAGCAUCCAUUUUUUGUGAUGCUGUGCCCUCCAGCCCCUCACUCUCCUUGGACUGCAGCUCCAGCGUACCAGAACAGCUUUGCUGACGUCAAGGCUCCACGUGAUGGCAGUUUUAACAAACAUGGAAAUGACAAGCACUGGUUGCUGCGUCAGCCUGUGAACCCUAUGUCAAACGGCUCCAUUGAUUAUCUUGACAAUGCUUUCCAUAAAAGGUGGCAGACCCUUCUGUCUGUAGACGACAUGGUGGAGAAGCUGGUAAAGAAACUGGAAGACAUAAAGGAGCUGAACAACACUUACAUUUUCUUCACUUCUGACAACGGUUACCACACAGGUCAGUUCUCCCUCCCCAUUGACAAGAGACAGCUGUAUGAAUUUGACAUCCGUGUGCCACUUUUGGUACGUGGGCCUGGGAUCAAGCCAAACCAAACUCUGCAGGACCCAGUACUAAACAUCGAUCUCGCCAUGACCAUCCUUGACAUUGCCGGAGUUAAUACCUCUAUCUUGGACAUGGAUGGGCAAUCUUUUCUACCACAGCUUGCACCGUCAUUACGCAACGGUACUUCACGUCCCUACUUCUUGGUGGAGUACACUGGUGAGGGCUACUUUACUAAAGAUCCUGACUGCCCCAAACUCGGCCCCGGAGUGGCUGAGUGCUUCCCAGACUGUGUUUGCGAGGAUGCCUUCAACAACACGUAUGCCUGCGUUAGGACUUUGAAGGACAACAAUUUGCAAUACUGUGAAUUCGCUGACGAUGAGGCAUUUGUGGAGGUGUACAACAUGACGACUGAUCCUCAUCAGCUGGAGAACAUUGUGAAGAAGGUGGACCCUGCGCUCCUGCAGGUCAUGAACCAAAGGCUCAUCAAGCUUCAAUCAUGCAAGGGAGACAGCUGUCGAAAAUUCUAACAACUAGAGCACAACAGUUCUGCUCAGGCCAAACUGGUAACCAAAGAGGGUUUCAUUUCAAACUGAUUUAAGUACUUCUAUAAAUCCUGGCCUGUGAAAUGAAUCCUUGUUCAUGACACAAAAUAAGCCAACAACUUAAUCGGUUUACACUCAGUCAUUGCUGCUAUAUUAGUAAAUAUAUAAUUAGAUUUUAUGUAGAGUAGGAAUGGAGUCUGGUAUUACAUACCUUUUAUACAUUUUUACACUUGCAUAUAUCCUAUUACAUACGCUGCAGAUGAUAAGAAUAUUGCACUGCACAAUGU